CUUUAGACUCUUACUUUGUCUAAAUCUAUACAUACAUAUAUAUACAUAGUGUUCUGUUUAUAUAGUUACACGCACAUAUAUAUACAAACACUGUAAGUUACAAUGUCGGAUAACAACGAGGAUGUUGUGGGUGAGCCGGGAAGCUCCAUGCAUGGAGUCACCGGCCGAGAACAGAGUUUCGCCUUCUCGGUGGCGUCUCCAAUGGUUCCUACGGACACGACAGCUAAGUUCUCUCUUCCCGUGGAUUCGGAACACAAAGCCAAAGUCUUUAAGAUCUUGUCUUUCGCCAAUCCCCACAUGAGAACUUUCCACCUUUCUUGGAUCUCGUUCUUCACUUGCUACGUCUCCACCUUCGCAGCCGCUCCCCUCGUCCCGAUCAUCCGCGAAAACCUAAAUCUCACCAAACAAGACAUCGGAAAUGCAGGCGUUGCCUCUGUCUCAGGCAGUAUCUUCUCCAGGCUCGUGAUGGGAGCAGUCUGCGAUCUUCUUGGCCCUCGUUACGGAUGCGCCUUUGUCGUGAUGCUUUCCGCUCCUACGGUGUAUUCUAUGUCCUUUGUAUCCGAUGCGGGCGGAUACAUAACGGUUAGAUUCAUGAUCGGAUUCUGCCUUGCAACGUUCGUCUCGUGCCAAUACUGGAUGAGCACGAUGUUCAACAGUCAGAUCAUAGGGUUAGUGAACGGAACGGCAGCCGGGUGGGGGAAUAUGGGAGGUGGAGCCACUCAGCUUCUCAUGCCGUUGGUCUAUGAGAUCAUUCAUCGGGCCGGAUCCACGUCAUUCACGGCCUGGAGGAUCGCCUUUUUCGUGCCCGGGUGGAUGCACACUGUCAUGGGGAUCUUGGUCUUGACAAUGGGUCAAGACCUGCCUGAUGGAAACAGGAGCACAUUGCAGAAGAGAGGAGAGGUUACCAAGGACAAGUUCUCUAGGGUGUUAUGGUACGCCGUAUCGAAUUACAGGACAUGGAUAUUCGUCCUUCUCUAUGGAUACUCCAUGGGAGUCGAGUUGACCACCGAUAACGUCAUUGCAGAGUAUUUCUUCGACAGGUUCCAUUUGAAGCUACACGUCGCGGGUAUAAUAGCUGCGAGCUUCGGAAUGGCGAAUUUCUUUGCACGACCGCUCGGGGGUUACGUUUCGGACGUGGCUGCGAGAUAUUAUGGGAUGAGAGGAAGGCUUUGGACACUUUGGAUAAUUCAGACACUCGGAGGAGUGUUUUGCAUUUUGCUCGGACGAGCGAACCAGCUUACGUUUGCUGUUGUCUCGAUGGUUCUGUUCUCACUCGGAGCUCAGGCUGCUUGUGGAGCCACCUUUGCCAUUAUCCCUUUCAUCUCUCGUCGUUCCCUCGGCAUCAUCUCAGGUUUAACAGGAGCAGGAGGAAACUUCGGUUCGGGAUUGACCCAGUUCGUGUUCUUCUCGACAUCGAGAUUCGGGACGAAUGAAGGGCUGAUGUGGAUGGGCGUCAUGACUGUGGCCUGCACUCUCCCCGUGGCAUUCGUUCAUUUCCCUCAGUGGGGAAGCAUGUUCUUCCCUCCUUCACGUCACCCCCUCAAAUCCACCGAGGAAUAUUACUACACCAGUGAGUGGAACGACGACGAGAUCAAGAGAGGUAUGCAUUCCGGAAGCGUUAAGUUCGCUGAGAACGCCCGUUCCGAGAGGGGCAAACGCGUCGCCCCUUCCUCCACACCGCCAAACGCCAACCGCGUUUGAUGUCAAUCGCCGCUUUCCAUCGUGUAUUUGGUGGUCUCACGUCCAAAUCUCUUCUCUCUCCCUCCCUACUAUAUAUAAGGUUUCACGAGUUUCUUGUACUGCAAGUAACAUUCGACAAUUUCUGUUGGUUGUCGUGUAAUUUCGAUUCGGUCUCACGUCGGAGUAGCCAUCUGGCCCAUCUCUGUUGUGUAAGGUUUUACAUGUUUCUUGUACUGCAAGGAACAUUCAACAACGUUUGAUCUGUACUUCUGUUUAAUUAUGUAAUUUCGAUUCGGUUUCAUGUCCUGAUCGGCAUCUCUUCCUGUAAGGUUUUACGAGUUUCUCAGUCCGUUCUGAAGAUAUGACUUAAUAAAAUUAUUUCUUUCCAUGUUA